AUGUCCCUUGGAACUGAGUCAGAACCCUCUCCUCUCUGGCUCCCUGCCUCGCACCCUCUCUCGACUCACAACCCUCCAAGUGCUGUCAGCGCCCCUCCUCCCGCUCCUCCUCCUUUCCCCCCACACCUGUUUGCGGUUCUCCCCUGCUCCUCCCCUUCGCCCCCUUGCUUCGACUUGACUCUUCACCCCGCUGCACCGCUUCUCACCACUCUGCCGUGCAGCCCUCCUAUGGAAGCUGCUGUCUCCCCUCUCCUCGCUCACGUCCCCCUCUCCUCGCUCACGUCCCCCUCUCCUCGCUCACGUCCCCCUCUCCUCGCUCACGUCCCCCUCUCCUCGCUCACGUCCCCCUCUCCUCGCUCACGUCCCCCUCUCCUCGCUCACGUCCCCCUCUCCUCGCUCACGUCCCCCUCUCCUCGCUCACGCCCCCCUCUCCUCGCUCACGUCCCCCUCUCCUCGCUCACGUCCCCCUCUCCUCGCUCACGUCCCCCUCUCCUCGCUCACGUCACUGAGAGACACAGCCGUUGCGGGCAUGCUGCCUCUGUUUCUCACCGCCCUCACCCAACUCACCUCGCUGUGCGCCACACUGCACCACGCUGUACCCCUCUCCCUCCCUCUCUGCACCUCUGUCCGCCUCUCUGCACCCUUCCUGCCAUUUCUAUAUCUCCUUCAGUUCUCUGGGGUACCGGUAGCUUGCCCAACGGAGGGCAGCAGCUGCGAAAUCAAUCAGAACCGUUCAUCCACGUUCUGCAAGCUCUGUUCAACGUUCUGCUCCAAGUGUACUCCAAUCAACGCAGCGGGUGCAGUGGUGGUGGUGCUGGUGGUGGUGGUGGUAGUGGGGUUGGGAAUUUGGAGGUGGAGGAAGGGGAGGAAGGGGACGGAGAAAACAGGGGAGGAUCUGAGCGCCCCCCCCCCUGCCCGCACAUCCCCCUGGCGGACAUCCUCCGAGCCACCAAUGGGUGGGCGGAGGGGCGGAGGGUGGGGGGAGGCAGGUGGAGUGACGUGUACCGGGGGGAAUGGAUGGAGGAGGAGGAAGCAGGGGAUGAGGAGAAGCAUGGGGGGGAGGAUGCGGAGGUAAGAGGAGCGAAGAAGCGGCAAGGGGGAGAAGUGUCGAAGGGGAGGGGGGAGGGGAGCGACAAGGGGGAAGGGUCACAAGGCAAGCAACUAUCAGGGGCGAAGGUGUGGAAAGGGGGGAGGCGGGGGGAAAAGUGGGCAGUGAAGCGCAUGAGGGGAGGGAUGCAUGGGACAGAGAGCGCGGAGCUUGAGGCUCAUGUGGCAGGCUUGGCUUCCCUUGUGCACCCCAACGUGCUUGGGCUUGUGGCCUGGUGCUGCUUCCCUGUAGCGGGGGAGAAGGGGAGGGGGGGCAGAACUAGGGAGCGUUGGGAGAAGCAGGGGGAAGGGGAGAAGGAAGGGAGGCAGCGGGAGGGGGGGAAUGAGGUGGUGCUGGUUUACAAGUGGAUGGAGCGCGGCAGCCUGCAGGCAGCUCUGCAGCCAGGCGCCACGCCCUUAUCGCUGCAGCAGCGGGUGGGCAUAGCAGUGGGCGUGCUGAGGGCGCUCAAGGCAGUGCAGAGCCACGGGCAAGUGCAUGGCGACCUCAAACCCUCCAACGUGCUGCUUGGGCCCUCCUUUGAGCCACGUGUGGGUGACUGGAGUGUGGUGCGCAUGGGGCGGCGAGUGCAUGUGAGCAUGGGGCGGCGAGUGCAUGUGCGCAUGGGGCGGCGAGUGCAUGUGAGCAUGGGGCGGCGAGUGCAUGUGAGCAUGGGGCGGCGAGUGCAUUUGAAUAUUCAGGUAGAGCUUUACCUUACGUGUCUCUCCACCUGCAAUCUAACUCUUUCAGUGUGUUGCCUGGCUGAGAGGAAUGAGACGUGUGUGUUGUGUACCACUCCCCCUCACCCGACUGCACUAGAUGCCAUCUUCCCUCUCCCUCCUCUCCAACCUCUCCCCUCCUCCUCCACCUCCUUUCUCCCCUCCCUCUUCCCAUCUCCACCCCUUAUGAUCUUCCCUUUUCCAAUUCCACCCUGCGUUCGCCAGUGUGGGGGUGUUGCUGCUGCAGCUGCUCACCUCCCCCCUCCACCGCCCCCCCAUCCCGCCUGUGUGCCCAUCCCCCCCGCCAGUGUGGGAGUGCUGCUGCUACAGCUGCUCACAGGGUGGGCGGGUCCCUUCAGGGAUGUGGAUGGGCAGCGCACCCACAUCUACCACUGGACCCAACAGCACCUAACAGCUGGUGACUUAUCCCCUCUUCUCGACCCCCUGCUGCCGCCCCCCCGCCCCUCUCCCGCCCUCCUCCUCCCACUCUUCCACCUUGCCCUCGCCUGCUCCUCCUCCUUCCCCUCCUCCCGCCCCACCCCCACCUCUGCCCUCGACGCUUUCAGGCCCUUCCGCUCCUCCCUGCUUGAUCGGGUGAAAUCAGGGGACAGGGAGGGGGGAGAAUGCGGGGAGGGGGGGAAAGGGGAGGGGGUAGAAAGGGGGAAAAAGGGAGAGGGGGAGGGAGGAAAGGAGAGGGGGGAGUGGAAGAGGGGAGAAGAGGAGGGUAGAGGAGAAGGGGAGGGAGGAGAAAAGGGAGAGGAUGUGGGGGAGUGUGUGAGGGUGGAGAGUGGAGGGAGAAGGAGUGGGGUGUCCAUUGAGGAAAGCUCUGAGGGAGCGGGGAGAUGGAACGGUGGCAGUGCGCUGGGUGCCAGGCUGGCAAUGCUCGGUGCAGUGGAUAGUAGGGAGUACGUGGUGUAG